AUGUGUGAUUCGAUUUUUCCCCAUAAUUGCAAGUUUUAUUUCAAUGCAGAGCAGUCUCGCGUUAAGUGGAAGGAGUCCAUAAAAAGUAUCUUGGUUGUUCAUAAAUUUUGUGAUCUCAAUGUUAUUGAAAGUUUGAAAUCGUUUGUCCACUACGUGCUAAAGAAAUGGGAUCUGACUAUCUAUUUGGAGUCGAUUACGUUAGAUGAACUGAAGAGUGAUGAUUUAUUCUACCCAAUUAUCCAACAGUACGUAAAUUUGGGUAACGAUGAAUUCAAGCAAGUCACUACUGAACAUGAUGUUUCCAGACUUUGUGAAAAUGCAGCAGAAAGUUCCUCUAAAAUUAAUGAAAAAAGCUCGAUCAGGAUCUUUGAUCAUACUGUGCGAAAUAAAAUUGAUUUAAUUGUUUGUCUUGGUGGUGAUGGGACUCUUUUACAAAUUGGAUCGAUGUUCCAGGGGAUCACUCCUCCCGUAAUUGCUUUUCGUCUGGGCACACUUGGAUUUUUGACUCCGUUUCCUUUCAAAAUGUUUAGAACCCAAAUGAAGAGUGUUCUUGAAGGUUCAUCUUAUUGUGUAUUACGAACUCGGCUUUGUUGUCAAGUUAUUCGCAGUAAUGUUAUGAAUCAUAUUGGCAAUAAUAAUCCUGACAUACAGAAUACCUCAACUGCCAGCAAUUGUAGUAGUGAGAAUCAAUCUCAGGCAUCUAACUGUUCUAACGAUAUUAGUUCACGCUCCAGUUCACCAGAUACUGAAUAUCAUUUCCUAAAUGACCUAGUUAUUGAUCGUGGCCUUUCUCCAUUUAUCUGUGAUCUCCUCAUUAAGGUGAAUGGUAGAGAAGUAACUACUGUAGAAGGCGAUGGUCUUAUUAUCAGUACACCUACCGGAAGUACAGCUUAUUCAAUGACAGCUGGUGCUAGUAUGGUACAUCCAUGUGUACCCGCUCUAGUGUUGACACCAAUCAAUUCAUUAGCUUUAAGUUCACGUGCUAUUGUUCUUCCAACAUCUAUAAAAUUAGAAAUCUCUAUUGCCAGUAAAGCUCGUUGUUCAACUGUACACUUUUCUUUUGAUGGACGUUCGCGACACUCAAAUUUAUUGCAUAAGGGUGACGUUAUCCUAGUGAGUGCUUCACCGUUCCCUGUUCCAUGCCUUUGCAGUGAAAAUGAGGUUACAGAUUGGUUUUGUGGAUUAGCACAUUGUCUUAAUUGGAAUCUACGUCGACGUCAAAAUGCAGUGAUCAAUUGUUAUCCCACAGACAAAUAA